ACAGACGCCGCAGCGGAGACGGUGACAAGUGUUCGACAGUCUGCUCUCCGUAUCCAUAGUUCGACUCGUCAUAGUCGUGGUUUCUGUUUCUUUCUAACAUCUACGGAUUGAUUUAAGAUAUAUAUACACGUCCAACCAAGAUUGCAACGAGACGCAAAAAUGCUGGCAACAACGAUGAAAAUUAUGAUGAUGGCGAUAAUAAUAGGCGUGAUAGAGAGCAACCCCACGCCGACACCUAUUGAUCACGCCUUCUCGGACGCACGCACUAUCACCACCCACGCCCGCCACGGCCACCUCCUGCACGGGAUGAUGGGUGACCUGGAGUCAUAUGUGUUUGAUGAUGUGGUGGAGUUCUUGUUCCAGCAGCUGGGAGAGGAGCUGCCCCAAGCCAGGAGCCAUCAGUACUACCGCCAUCCGGACUACAAUUUCGAGGGUGGAGACAACUAUCCCCUGCCAUCACAAUACUCCAGACCACAGCCUGAAGACAAAUCUUGCAUAUCUAUGGGAGGAGACACAAACAGCAUCAUGUGCCUCAACGUCCUCACCGCUUUGUCCAUCGCUGGUCUGGGUCUCCUAUUGCAGUUCUUGUUCUUUGCAGGCCUGUCUACCCUAUCAUCAAACAAUCUUUCAAACAGCACUAGUAGCGGUAGCGAACCCAAUAACAUCAGUAAUGUCUUCUCUGUUACCGCUUCUAACGAUGUUUCAGUGGAACAGAAUGACGAUAUUGAUAUUAUUAAUCGUCCUGAUUUUGAAGAUGAUAGACUGCGGUCUGGUAUACAAAGAAGUGACCUGGACGAGGAUGUGAAUCUGGGUGAGGAUGGCGGGAGCAAUGAUUUUAUUGUUACAGGAGUUAGAAAUCAAGAUAUAAUAUACAGCCGUUCAUUUAAUGUGACUACAAAUGAAGAAAGUGAAGAUGCAAGUGGGGAAAAAGAAUAUAUGUACUACGAAAACGAUUUCAGAGGAAACGAGAGCAGAAACAGAAGGUAAAACACUAAACCAAGAUGACAAGCAAAAACUUGAGAAAAAGGAUGGAGAAAUGAAGAUCACUAUGACUAUUUCGCAAGAGGGCGUUACGAAACUUUCCUUGGAGGAUAUGAGAACGGGUUUACAACGCAAACAUCUGUUUCACGCUAGAUCGCUACAUCCAAUGUUAAAUUUAUAUGAUUAGAAGAAAAGGAUUAAGAAAUAUUGCUGUUUCUGUUCUCUAUAUCUACAAAAACAUGUAAAAAAUACACUGAACCAAUGGAGAUAGAAAAAAAAAUCUCAAAACAUAUUAAUAUUAAGUCUUUAUAACACUAAUUUAUUUUCCUUUCAUAUGAAAUUAAAAAGUAAAAGGAUUUUAAAGAGAUUAUGGAUUAAUUUAUGGAUAAAGAUAAUAGGUAUAUACAGGUAGCCAUGUUUCAUACAAGGACCGUAGCAUGCAAGUCUGCUGGGUUAUUACAACUUUCUUAGAUUUUACAUUUUCUUUUUCCUUAAAAGCAAAAAAUAACCUUUUUCUAGGAAUCUCGAAAAUAAUGACUGUAUUGAAUAACCUGGUUACAUGUCAUUUGUUAUGCAAGAUAUUAGAAUAUAUACAUAUAUAUAUAUAUAUAUAUAUAUAUAGAGAGAGAGAGAGAGAGAGAGAGAGAGAGAGAGAGAGAGAGAGAGAGAGAGAGAGAGAGAGAGAGAGAGAGAGAGAGAGAGAGAGAGAGAGAGAGAGAGAGAAACAAAUAUAGAUAUGCCGACACAGCGUAGGUGAUAAAGAACCAUACCUACCAUACUAGAAAGGAUAAUUAUGGCAAUGGUGAGGAUCAUGUGUGAAUGUGUUAAUAUCUAGCUAUGUACUGUACAUACAUACUACUGCUUAUUAUUGACC